CAAAUCGCCUGCCCGUGAGGUCGCGAGCACACUAAGUAGUCAUCCCUUGUAUUCGGAAACACCGGUCGCCGCUUUUCGAGCAUAGCACGACAUCUUGGUACAUUUAGGGUUGCAGUUCCACGGCUUACAACAUGACUACUGCACAGAUGCCGCGUUGGUCGAGGUACAUCAACGUUCUGUUCUUUGGCGGUUUGUCCACCAUAUUCCUCAUGGCAGGCAUUCCCUAUGGCAUACGGCACCUGAUUGGAUGCAUGGCUCCCGACUGCGGGAAUUACACGGAAGACUUGGCUUUCGUCAUGGAUACUUCCAAGGACCCCUGUACGGACUUCUACGACUAUGUAUGCGGCAACUGGAACAGAAGUCAGAUGGUACCACUCCCUAAUCAGUUCGUCAAGCUCCAAUCCCGUGUUGCCCUCACCGUUCUCAGAGACCUGAUGUUAAUCGACGAGACCGCCGAACCCCAGACCGCCGUUGUCAAAGCCGGCCUCAUGUUCCAGCGGUGCGCUCAAAACGCCUUCAAUCAACUCGACCAUCUCGGUGAGAUCAAGAAUUUCAUGGCGCAGUUCGACCUAUCCUGGCCCCCUGAAAGUCCGAAGACCCGCUUCAACGUUCUGGACAUCCUCGUCGAACUGACCUUCAAUCGUGGCAUCCCCAUCUUCUUCUCGCUUGGUCCAAGCACGUAUUUCAAAAAACGUGGUUCUUACAACCUGCAUCUUACUCCCAAUCUGUACCUUCUGGAAUGGGCUGCGUUUCGAAAAAUGCUUCGCAACGCCGGGGUUUUAAUGCGGUAUUACGAAUUCACGGCGUACGUUCUUUCGCGCAAGCACCUGGAAUCCAACUUGGCUGAACGACUGGCGCUCCUGGACAACAACCUAAUCACUGCCAUCGGCGUCGUGACUGGAUCACGUCCAGACAUAUUUGUCAACUACGCAACUUUCGCGGAGCUUGAGAACGUGACCGGACCAGCAUUCACUGGGGGCGAACUCAUGAGAGCGGUUAACAAGAGACUGAGUAGAGACCGCCAGCUAACGCUCGAUGACGAGCUAACCCUCGUCGGACAGACCAUGGUACGAAUCACCUGCCGCGUUAUUGGGCACAGUAUGGGAUCGGAAACUCUCCGCGCCUACGUCGCACUGCAGCUGAUGCGCCAGCUCGCCGCGACGUCGUCCUUCACGUUGUCGAGCGCGCUGUUCCCAGACUCUUCCAACAAUGCAAUGCUGGCGGUCACGUACAUGAUAGGACAUUGCUUCGCCGACGUGCUCUCGAUUCUUCCGUAUGUGGCAGACGGGUUGUUCGUCAAGCACUGGGUGCCGGCAGGCAACAUCGAAGCUGUACGGAGCAUUGUGAAGACAAUGCGUAAUGUGACGGAAGAUGGGUUCCUGAAGCUGUCCUGGAUGGAUGGUCCCACGCGCAGCAAAUCCAUGAGUCGCAUCCACACUCUGCACGAAUUGAUAGGGUACCCGAAAGAGAUGAUGAGAGCGAAGGCAAGUGAAACUGAAUAUGCCCACAUACCGCAUCUGGGAGGAACGUACUUCCAGAUGUCUACCGUAGCGCGGGAAGCGACGCAAGCCUUGCUCAACAGUUUCAUCAAGUCGCCGCAACGGGUUGUCCGCGCUAUGGAAUUUGGCUUGCCAAUGAUCAUGGUCAACGCCUUUUACAUGCCAAUCUAUCAUUUCAUGGUUAUCCCAGCCGCCAUCAUGUUCCCCCCGUUCUUCUCCAAACAGCAGCCGUCUGCUGUCAAUUACGGUAGCUUAGGCCACGUGAUCGGUCACGAGAUCACGCACGCGUUUGAUCCAGAGAUGGGACUCUACAACGAACUGGGCCUCAAAGAAAACUGGUGGACAGCAACGUCACGGAAGAGCUUCGAAGACCGCGUCCGCUGCCUUGCGGAGUUCUACAACAAUGUCGGUGACAGAGUGGCCAACGACGUCAGGUUCGGCGACACGGCACUCUCGGAGAACUUCGCCGAUUGUGGAGGGCUGGACAAGUCUUAUCGGGCGUUUAAGAGGUACUCCGACAAGCAGCUGUACAGUGUUGGCGACGUUCAGCUGACGGCGGACCAGUUGUUCUUCGUGAGCACCUGCUACAAGUGGUGCUCGGAUGACAGUUACACGCAAAGGGAAGUAAGCAUGUACUCGCCCCUGCGCAUGCGCUGUAAUGUGCCCCUGAUGAACAUGCCAGAGUUUGCUGACGCUUUCCAGUGCGCCAGCGAUACGGCUAUGAAUCCUAGGAAACGGUGUGACCUUCUGUGAAGUCCGCACGAGCAGUGCUUCCGUACGGCGGCCGGAUUCAAAUUAGCUUAUAAUUAUCGACUAUUUGUGUUCUCGCUCACAGAUAAAUACGUGUCUGCCGACUAUUAAAAUGGUCUUGUAUUGUGUA